ACAUUUUCAAAAAUCCAAGCGUUUUCCCUCGAUACUCGUCGUCGGGAUGCCAACUGUAAGCCACAAGUGAACCGUUUUACAAGAAAGCUUCAAAUUACAACGGGGAUUUCUGUUGUCUUCCAUCAUUAAGAGUGUUUUAUUUUUGGUUUUCCCCUAGCCAUGUCUGCCAAGCAGGUAUCUGUGUUGGCUCAGUAUGAUGACCUGUGCAGAGGCUUCAAUUACUUUGUCAACAGUUCUGAAAAAGAAUUCCUCAAGUUUGCCGUUAAUCAGGAAGCUUGCCGCCAGAAAUGGCUCGAAGCUGAAGCAGAGCUCAAACGUCUGCACAAUCAGUUGAAUGAAGUCAACAAAAUGAAUGGCAAAUUAGAGCUGCAAUACCACCAUGCUACUGUUUUGCUGAAAAAUGAGAUCAAAGUCAGAAAGCAAGUGUCUGACGAGAAAAAGUCUUUGGAAAAGCAAUUGCACGUUGUACGUGAAAUCGUGUCAGCUGAGAAAGAUAUUCGAGAUGAGACACGUGAAAAGCUGGCGAUGCUCAGCAACACAGGACGCUACUCGCGUGGCAAUUUCGAUUCGCCUGGUGACCGAUUAAACACAAUCAACGAGCUCAACAGCACCGGCUCGCUCUUGGCGUCAUUCGACCUGACCACUGAACGCACAGAGGAAGAACUCGAGCUCUCAGUGAUGCGUUCCAGUCGGGCACCUCGAGGUAAAAGGACAUCGGAAGGAAUGUACAAUCUCGACAACUCGAAACGAUACAAGGCGUCGUCUAAUCGCGAGAAUAUCAUGGAAGUGUCCGGUCACGAACGCGUGGUUGCCACAACGACAGUGACUGUAUCCAAGGGAGGUCCAAUCACAGCCACAUCUAUUAUUGAAAACCAUCCCGAUAUGGGCAGGGAAAACGAUAUCAGCAAUGCAACACCUAAAAACCAAAGAAAGCGCAGUUCUAGCGAACCGGGAAUCCUACCGAACGCUCCUCCGCAGUAUUUGAUCGAAUCAUCUUGGGAACUUCCAGAUGGCAAGACUCCCGUGGCCAUCCGCCGUCCGAGUGCUAAUCCGUCGGCUUCAGCGCACUCGACCCACACGCUUGGCGGAACUGCGUACUUGCGCACUAUGGCUUCUGGUGGGCGAAUCAAUCAGCGCCAGCACACCUUCAGCCAGAAAACCAUCAUCAAACCAGAGAACUGCCUCCCUUGUGGCAACAGGAUUAAAUUUGGCAAGCCCGCCUUGAAGUGUGUCGAAUGUAGAGGAACUUGUCACGUUGAUUGCAAGUCCCGCAUGCCCAUGCCUUGCGUCCCGACUGUUCAAACACCCUCUAAUAAGGGAUUCGUCGGAACCGUUGCUGAUUACGCUCCCAACAUCUCUCCUAUGAUCCCCGGCAUUGUCAUUCACUGCGUCAACGAAAUUGAGCGCCGCGGAUUGACAGAGGUUGGCAUCUAUCGUGUCAACGGUUCCGAAAAGGAAAUUAAAGACAUGAAGGAGCGCCUCUUGCGUGGCAAAGGCCAGCCGACUUUGUCUCAAAUUGAUAUUCACGUUGUCACUGGCACGUUGAAGCUGUUUUUCCGCUCGCUGAAAGAGCCACUCAUUACCUACACGCUGUGGGACAGUUUCGUUCGGAUCGCCGAACUUGCCGAUGAAAUGGAUAUUCAGACCACUGUGUACUCGCUCGUUCCCGAUCUUCCGCAACCUAAUCGAGACACUCUAGCAUACGUCAUUCUUCACCUUCAACGCGUCGCAGAAGCUGAGGUAUGCAAGAUGCCAAUUACCAAUUUGGCCAGGAUCUUUGGCCCGACCAUAAUUGGUUACUCGUGUCCAGAUCCGCUUCCAGAAAUGGCGCUCAAGCAGCUUAAGAAACAGCACUUGACCAUGGAGAGGCUCUUGCUCAUCCCGAGUGAUUAUUGGGCUCGCUACGUGGACGUGGAGACCGAAACUUUCACAUCUACUCCAGUGAGUUCACAUCGUCAUCCAGGAGUUGCUACAAUCGCUAAAAAUGUGAAACGGGGUCCUACUUUCUUCUCAUCUCCUAACAUGAUGAACUGAAAUCAUGUAUCACUUUUUGCGUUCCGAAGUAUCUAAAAUUUUCGUUGGUUAAUUCGUCAAGUUCUUACCUGUUUAUAACCUGCUCGCUCUUCUUAAUCAAUUUGAACUCUCCCUCUUGUUUCUUUUUUUUUCUCAAGUAAACCAAAAUGUUUUAAGUGGAAUAAAAUUUGCACCACUCGA